UCAUCCAAUCCCAACAAUUUUCCAUGUUUGUUUAGACUUUGUGAUCACAUGUAUCCAAUAUUAUUCUAAUCCACCUCUUUUUGUGAAUCUAUUUAAACCCCAUAAUUUCCAUCUCCUUAAUUUCUCCACUCUCAAACAAAAUGUUAUUUCUCAGAGCAUUAUUUCCGUUUGCUUUCGCAAUUUUAUUAUCUCAAUGGCCGGAAACCGACGCAACGAAGCAAAUCGAAGCUCUCUCACGCAUUUACAAAGAGAAGUUGCACACAAACAGCAUCGACAGACGCCAUUUCAAUGCGAGCCAUCAGUCCCACGUCGUCAGAAUUCUCUCUCAAAAAGGGAUGAGAGAGAAUGACCGGAUCGCCAAACUGCCCGGCCAGCCGCCGGUCCGGUUCAAGCAGUACGGUGGGUACGUCACCGUGAACCAGACCGCCGGCCGAGCAUUCUACUACUACUUUGCUGAGGCUCAACGUGCCCAUCACAAGUCAUUGCCUCUUCUCCUCUGGCUCAAUGGAGGGCCUGGCUGCUCAUCUCUUGCCUAUGGAGCAAUGCAAGAACUUGGGCCAUUCCGAGUUCACAGCGAUGGCAAAACCCUCUACAAAAAUCCAUUCUCAUGGAAUCAUGCUGCAAAUUUGUUGUUUCUGGAGUCUCCUGCCGGCGUCGGAUUCUCAUACUCGAAUACCACGGCGGAUUUCAGGAGCGGCGGUGACGCGAAGACGGCCGCCGACAACUAUGCGUUCUUGGUGAACUGGUUGGAGAGAUUUCCUGAGUACAAAGGUAGAGAUUUUUAUAUUUCUGGAGAGAGUUAUGCAGGCCAUUAUGUGCCUCAGUUGGCACACACAAUUCUCUAUCAUAACAAGAAGGCUGGCAAGACCAUUAUCAAUCUCAAAGGAAUCAUUAUUGGAAACGCCGUGAUAAACGACGAGACAGACACGAUAGGGAUGUACGAGUAUUUCGGAAGCCAUGCUCUGGUAUCGGAUGAAAUCACGAAGCAGAUCAUGAGAUACUGCGAUUUCUCGGCCAACGCCACCACGCAACCCCAUCAAUGCAACCAAGCUGCGGAGCAAGUUGAUAAAAACAUAAACGUGAUCGAUAUCUAUAACAUCUACGCUCCCCUCUGCUGGAAUCCCAACCUCACACUAACGCCUAAGAAGGCUUCGGUGUCGCAUAUGGAUCCUUGCAGUGAUUAUUAUGUGUAUGCAUAUUUGAAUAGGCCUCAAGUUCAGAAGGCACUUCAUGCCAAUGUUACCAACAUGUCUUAUGAUUGGGAGCCAUGCAGCGAUGUCAUCAAAAAAUGGACGGAUAGCGCCGCGACUGUUCUUCCUCUUCUGCAAGAGAUUAUGGCUAAUGGGCUUCGAGUUUGGAUAUUUAGUGGCGACACAGAUGGAAGGGUACCAGUUACUUCAACAAAGAAUUCCAUCAACAUAUUGAAACUUCCCAUUGAAACUGCAUGGCACCCUUGGUUCCUUGAUAGAGAGGUUGGUGGGUACACACAAGUGUAUAAAGGGAACCUAACAUUUGCUACAGUGAGAGGGGCUGGACAUCAAGUGCCUAGUUUCCAACCAGCUCGAGCUCUUUCUCUUAUUAUGCAUUUUCUUGAUGGGACACAACUCCCUAAUUCUUCAAGAUUUUGACUCUCCUAAUUAUUCUUCCACUCAUUAUUAGUAAUAAAAGCUAUUUUUUGCACA